AUGUCUGUUACAUUCAAUCCAUACAGCCAGGAUGACGAGUUCUGGGCAACAUACUUGAAAGGCCGGCCAUUAAUUCCUGACAGCUUUUUCAACCUGAUCUACGACUACCACACCAGUAAUGGCGGCUCGUUUGUCACUGUCCACGAUGCUGGAGCAGGUGCCGGCGUCCAAAGCACACAGCUCAGCAAGAGGUUCAGACAUGUUCUCCUUUCUGACCCACCCGAAGAGAACAUGGCAGUAGCGCAACGGAAAUUGGCAUCUGAACAAUUCAGCUUCCGUCUGGCGAAGCUUGAGAAUAUCAACGACAUAGAAUUCAAAAGUAUCGAUAUGGUUCAUUGCGGCACAAUGCUUCACUGGACAGAGAUCGACAAAGCCCUGGACGCGGUCGCUCAUCAGCUCAAACCUGGUGGUACAUUUGCAGCCUACACCUGUGCCGUUCCGACCAUGAACGACCCAUAUAUAAAUAGUUUGUGGAAGAAAAUCAUUCAUCAAGGACCUGCUGAUAUGGCGCUCAAACUACCACGAGAUCCAUCCGGGUGGCAACUCAUGCUGCGGGCCGGGGAGACAGUGGGAAGUGCAUACGACUCUGUUCCAUUGCCAAACAAAUAUUUCCAUCCUGGUGCGCAGCGCAUGAGGAUGAAUUGGCCAAAAGGCUGGGACUGGCAUGACUACAUGGUUCACGAGGACCUGCGUAACGAAUGGAAGUAUGUUAGUGCUAUCAAAGAGCACGAUCUGGUCGUUAGCCAGAGUAGCCCUGGAUGGGAGUUGAAGACGAAUCUGCAGGGUUUGCAUGAUACUCUAGCGUCCUUAAAGUUUGAUCUUGCGACGCCAGAGAUGAAGACACUCGUGCAUGAGUUGGAGGAGGCGGUUGAGCAGCGAACGGUGGAAGGCGUGUGGCCUGUGACUUUGCUUUUGGCCACGAGGAAGUAG